UGAUGAUAAAGUUUCCAACACGGGCAAGCGUGCGCGAAGAGCCUCGGCAAUAAACGAGCGGUACCUUGUAACUUACAAAUCAAGCCUAUCGCGUGCUCAAACAAGCAAAUCUUUAAAGCUUCAAUUGGUACCUCCGAUAAGCAGCUCAAAGACAGAGACUUGUCGUAGAUUCCCAAGUGUCUACGAAAACCUCCGCGGUCACUUUCAGGACUAUCAAUUCCUAUCUCACAACCCAGAACACCGCUGAAAUAACAUCGACUUCACCCUAAGCCGCAACACCCAACAUGGCACCACAAGACUUGAACCGAGGAGUCCCAGGCCUUGAAUACUUCACGCCUCAACACCUCGUGGAUCCAGGCACUCCUUUUCCCUCCAGCCAAUCCACUACCCCCACACCAACACUCUUCACCCCACUAACAAUCCGCUCCACCACUCUUCGGAACCGUAUCCUGGUAGCACCUAUGUGUCAAUACAGCACAGCCUCGCAUGGCCCCUCCACGGGCGCACUAACAGACUACCACAUCGCCACACUAGGCCACUACGCCUUGAAAGGCGCGGGACUCGUCUUCAUCGAAGCAACCGGCGUCCAAGCCAACGGCCGCAUUUCUCCAAAUUGCCCUGGACUAUGGACGGAUGCGCAGAUCCCCGCGUUGAGACGAGUGAGCGAUUUCAUCAAGAGCCAGGGGAGCUUGAGCGGGAUUCAAUUAGCGCACGCGGGGCGCAAAGCGAGUACUUGCGCGCCCUGGAUUGCCGGUGAGCAGAAGACGCAGGGUGGAAAGAGGAAGGUGAGCGUCAAGGCUGAUCUCGAUGCUGGUGGGUGGCCGACGGACGUCGUGGGUCCCAUGGGCGGAGAGGAGUGGACGUGGGACGGGAAGAAGCUCGAUGAUGAGAGUGGAGGGUACUGGGCGCCGCGGGCAUUGAGCGAGAAGGAAAUCGGUGAGCUCGUGCAGGACUGGGCGAGUGCCGCGGCAAGGGCUGUCAAGGCAGGAAUUGACGUGAUUGAGAUUCAUGGUGCGCAUGGCUAUCUGGUUCAUCAAUUUCUGAGCCCGGUUUCGAAUCAGCGGACGGAUAGUUAUGGUGGUUCAUUCGAGAAUCGCACGCGGCUCUUGAUCGAGAUCAUCGAAGCGAUUCGCAAGGUCAUUCCAGAUUCGAUGCCGCUCUACUUGCGCAUCAGCUCGACCGAGUGGUUGGAGGAGACCGACGUUGGCAAGAAGCACGGCAGCUGGGACAUUGAGAGCUCGCUUCGGCUCGCAAAGUUACUCCCGGGUUUGGGUGUGGAUUUGCUGGACGUAAGCAGUGGAGGCAACUACCCAGCGCAGCAGAUCAACAUGUUCGACUCAAAAGACUACCAAAUCCGCAUCGCCGCUCGGAUCCGCGCUGAGCUCAAAAAGGAGAAUCUGAGUCUCUUAAUUGGUGCCGUAGGUCUCAUUACGGAAGCGGAGCAGGCGAGAGAUAUUGUUGAGGAGGGUGGGGCGGCCAUUCUCAAGAACGGUGAUGCUGAAAUUGCCAAAGAAGCUCAAGCUGCCGUCACGGUCACGGAGGCAAAGGCAGGGAAAGAGCCGCUGGCUGAUGUGAUUCUGGUCGCAAGACAAUUUAUGCGUGAGCCGGAAUGGGUUUUGAGAGUUGCCUGGCAGUUAGGCCUCGAUGUCGCAUGGCCGAACCAGUUCCUGAGAGUUCGGUUUCCCAAGCUAUGAGGGAGCUAACAUACAUGAGUUUAUCAGCGAUGGCAAGACGAUAUGUAAAGCUGUUAGUGCAUAGUAGACAGAUAGACACACGAAGCACAUAUAGACGAACUCUUCAUGACCACCUGAUGGUUACUCUAUAGAAGUAGCGGUUUCGGUGAUUGCUGCUAGGCAGAUUUGUCGAGGUAUUCUAAAACCCCGCAAGGGCUUGACAGAGCAGAAUGAUGACCGAGAUUUACCCAAAGGCUACAUGCAGCUUCGCUUCGCUCUUAGAUACAGGGCGAGAUUACACUACUCCCCAUAUUGUUUAUGGCUCGUGAACGCCUCUGGUUGUGUCAAGGAGAUAAGACUGGAAAGGGUGAUCAC